CUUGCAGUCCCUUUCGUAGUAAACCAUCUCAGAGAAACUCUAGGAGCAAGCUAUGGCCUCCACCACGAGCUUCUUCGUCAUGAUCAUGGCGUGCACCCUCCUCGCCAGCACGACGUGCCAUGCCGCUCGCCACUUGGCCGACACCACCCCGGUGGCUACCACACCCGCUGCGGCUGCUGUCCCUGGCCUCCCGGCCGUUCCAACCAUGCCGUCGCUGCCACCGAUGCCGGCUGUGCCGACGGUGCCAGCCCUGACUGUGCCACCUAUGCCGACCUUGCCCACCGUGCCGCAGGUGACACUGCCGCCCAUGCCCGCUGUUCCUGCGAUGCCCAAGGUGACGAUGCCCCCAAUGCCCGCCAUCGUCGUGCCCAAGGUGACCAUGGCACCGAUGCCCGCCGUCGUCAUGCCUAAGGUGACGAUGCCGCCGAUGCCAGCCAUUCCUUCUAUGCCCAAGAUGACGUUGCCGCCGACGCCUUCUAUCCCGGCCGUCAACGUGCCUAUGCCGUUCCUGGCGCCGCCUCCAUCAACUUAAUUAAGGGUGCCACAUGCCUGGUGGUGCGUGCACCAUGUCGACGGUCACACACGCUCUCGUGUGCUAGUGGCUACAUCGCUUAAUUGGUUGCUCAUGUAGAGUACAGUAUUUGUUUUCGUGUUGUAUGCUUUACAUUUCAAUUCUCAGUUGUUAGUUACUAUGAGUUGAUUUUUAAGGGGCAUCCUUGUUCUACUACCUCCGUUAUGGUU